UUUCUUCGUUCUCUCACUCUCUCUAUAUCGCAAACGCGCAGUGCAGUGUCCGUGUGGAAAACCUGAAGCCAAUGGGAUGGAGAUCCGGUAAUAGAUGCAAAUUAUCAUGAAAAGACUCUGCAAAAUAUGAAACAACUCAUUUGCGGCGGAGUAAAUCACAGAAAACUGUUUAUGAACUGGCACCCCUUCUUGGAAAUGCAAUGCGAGAACUCUUGAGUGUUGGUUUUAUGGAAUUCGACAUGAUAGAGGCUUAAAAAUUUAGAUGGGCUGUUAAAAGAAAAGAGGAAAAAAAAAACACUGGAAUCACAGUCUCCUUGUAAUAUAAAACCUAACAAAAACAACAAAACGUUUCUCCUUUAUGAAUUAAAAUCUGGGUCUUUUCAAAAGAAGGAAAAAAAAAUGAGUUCAUAUUUUGUCAACUCUCUCUUCUCCAAGUAUAAGAGUGGUGAUGCAUUACGUCCCAAUUAUUACGAAUGUGGGUUUGCCCAGGACCUUGGGGCAAGACCCACCGUGGUCUACGGACCCAGCACCGGGAGCACUUUUCAGCAUCCGACACAGAUUCAGGAAUUUUAUCAUCACGGUGCAUCUUCGCUUUCCUCCGCGCCUUAUCAACAGAAUCCGUGUGCUGUAACCUGCCACGGGGAGCCAGGCAAUUUCUAUGGAUACGAUGCCUUACAAAGGCAGACCCUCUUCGGAGCUCAAGACUCGGACUUAGUCCAGUAUAGCGACUGCAAGCUCGCUGCCAGUAGCAUUGGAGAAGAGACGGAAAGCACAGAACAGAGUCCUUCUCCAACCCAGCUGUUCCCAUGGAUGAGACCCCAAGCAGCUGCCGGACGAAGGAGAGGAAGGCAGACCUACAGUCGGUAUCAAACGCUUGAACUAGAGAAAGAAUUUUUGUUUAACCCAUACCUGACGCGCAAGCGGCGAAUUGAGGUAUCGCAUGCAUUGGGACUGACUGAAAGGCAAGUCAAAAUCUGGUUUCAGAACAGGAGAAUGAAAUGGAAAAAGGAGAAUAACAAGGAUAAAUUUCCCAGUAGCAAAUCCGAACAAGAGGAGAUCGAAAAACAAAAACAAGAAAAGGCUCAACAGGAUACUAAGGCAGAAGAAGAAGAGGAGGAGAAAUCUAAACAAUAGAAGUUAUACUAUAUAUAUAUUGCGAAAAAAAUCAUUGAUAGUUGCUUCCUACUGCAAUUCUGGCAAAUCUGAUACACGCAGAACUUAAAAACUUAAGGAAAGGAGAAUGUCCACUGAAUCCGUAUGUUGAAAGAAAUGCAAGGACAUCGCAUUUAAUGAUUGGUGUGUGAAGAAACAAAGAACUGAAUUAUAACAAGCGAGAAACUAUAGCAACAUUUCUACUUUUUACCAGCUGUUUGAAAAAUAUGUUGUAGUGAAUCAAGAUAGCUUACUUUUUGGUGGAACAAUAAAUGUGAAACUUUUUAUUAGAAUGGUUUCUUAAUUAUUGCAUUUGGCAGCUGUAUAGGUUGUGUUAAGUUAAAAUUGUGCACUUUUUUUUACUUAUGUUAUUAUUAUAUUAACCUAGAAUCAUUGGUUUCCCAGCAACAUGAAACUGCCUAUUUAUGCUGUAGAUUUUUUUCGUCAUUCCUAGUUGAUGCAAAUCAAGAUAUUUUUUAUUGUUUUCCCUUAAGGAGUAAGCAUGCGCACAGUUAAAAAAAAUGUAACGUGACCCUCUGUUUACUGUGAAAAGAAUGUAUACUGUACUCGUGAAUUACUUUAUGGGGACUCCGUGAUAUACUCUGUUGUUUUGCGCUACUUUGUUCUAUUGUCUAAACCUGGAAGCAGCGGAAGAAAGGGGCACAAUAAAGUUUACAAGCGAGAAUCCGUGACAUCAUUGCUGCGCUCUGGUUCAUUUCCUACUUGAGGCUACUUUGAUAUAAGGGGCGAUAAAAGUAAUUUGUAUCAGUACACGGAUAUUCUUACCAAUGCAUUUUAAAUGAAAUGCUCAUUAAAUCGUGGUUUAAAGCUCAUUCUCAACACAAACCGUCAAAUAAAUAAAUAAACUUUUCUGAAA